GAAGUAAACGACAGCUGCCCGACAGACACCGAAGAUACCUCUUCCCAUGUUGUUGUUCGCUUCUCAUGCACCACUACCGAUAACCCACCAGGUACUGUGAGUAACACACAGCCAAAAACAUCAAGGCAUCAACCAUCUAUCAACUCAACCCAUACUCCAAGUAGUAGCUGGCUCUGGCAACAUACGAUAGUUAAUUUACAUCAACCAUCCUAUCUUAUCCACCGUACCGUACCGACCAGUUCUAACACCAUGCACAGUUAUCAAGGCGCUUCUCUCCUUAUCCUUUUCUGGAUGGCCCUUGCCGAGUCCUUCUCGGUUGCUCCAAGGUCAAUUACCAGUACAUGUACUUUCACCUCCAGGGGAAUCUCAGGGGUCAGUAUUUCCCGAAUUCCAUCCAAAAGAUCCCUUUACUACUAUGGAACGGGAGAUGAGGACGACGAGGAUAUCGUGUCAGGGCUUGUAGGGGGAGACACUGGUGAGCAGCAGCAAACGCAAGCAUCCAUUAAUACCCAAGGCUACAUGAACCGUCACAAGGGAGCUUUGGCGCGCAUCGUGUCCGCCUUUCCUCCACAGGGACACGCCUUGGAAUUAUCGCGAAUUGAAGAUGUCUCGGUGGUGGGCUUUGAUGACAAACACAUGGAAGUGGAAGCCAGCUUAUGCGAAGGAGAAUCCUGUUCUGCCGUGGCUGUUCCCGUCGAAUUUCCCCAUUCUUGCGCAGACACUGCGUCUUUGGGCGAGUGUGUCUUGGACAACUUUGAAGAACUGGAUCAGCAAGCAGAACUUGUGUUGCAGCACGAUGAAUGGAAGGCAUUGAAUCAAGGCAAUUCGCAAGACACCGACGACGCUCUACUCAGCAACACGCUUCUGGAAACCACAAACGAAAGCGUGCAGUUUCCCACUUGGUGGGUGAGCAGUAGUAGUGAUUGUGCUACUCCCGAACUAGCCGCAGAAUGUGACACACUCCGUGAACUGUUCAACGAGGAAGAAUUCGCUUAUGAAAUUCGACUCUUGGCCAAGUUUGGGCUUGGACUCGCGUCCUUGGCAUUGGUGGAGGAUGCUGUGGUUACUGCUGUUGGACCUGCCGGCAUCAUUGUACAGGCUCAAUUGUUGGCAGAUGAUUCCAACGCUGGUACUUCUACGGGUAUUUCUACCAUCACAACGGAUGGUUUGGUAGGAAUUCCACUGGCAUUCCCCAAAAUUGCUACCACGGCCGCUGAACUCCGAAGCAACGCGCUGUCAGUCAUUGACAGUUCCACUCUUUAGCCAUCCUCGCAUCCUCGCCCCUCUUGUCAAUUAUCAUUCGGUACGGCAGCGGCAAAACAAGUUAUCCAAGUUUGACAUAGCAGCGGGGUGGUGUUCAUACAGGACAUCGACGACGACAUAGUGCCCAUUAAGUAUUUUCAUAAUUUAAAGAGUAGUGCUCCGGUACCGGUAGGCCUAAACUGCUUGCCUUCGUCAU